UUUACAGAAGUUGGUGUAACAAGAUAAAAACUCAUUACUCGAAGUUGGUAGACGCUGGUGUUGACCCUUAUAGUAAACCAUACAAAGGGGUCGAUUCUGAGGCUUAGGUAUACAUGAUCGAUCAUGUAUGGCUUGAUGGCGAUUAUCAGAACUUGGCUAAAAAAGCAAGGGAUAGUCGAGCAAGGUUACCAUAUAAUCAUACAAUGGGCUCCAAGUCAUUUCAAGCUGCAAUGUAUAAACAGGGUACCGAGAAGACUGACUUUGUAGACUUCUACAAAGAUUCCCAUUGGAGCAAGAGAAAGUCAGAUUGGGUAGCCCCAAUAUGUGGUCAAUUACAUGAAGCUUUGAAAAAGCGACAUGAAGAGUCUUUAGAGCCUGGGGCAAUACCUUUAACUCAGGAGCAGCUGUCAAUCGAGAUUCUUGGAAAGAAAUCGGGAUACUUGAAAGGCUUUGGAGUUGGUCCAAAACCAUCAUCAUCCAGAUCUUCUGUUACUGCACAAGCACAUACUGAGGUGGUUUCGAGCCUACAAAAAGAACUAGAGUCAUUGAAGAAUUUGUCUGAGAUCCAGCAAGAACAAAUUACAGCCCAGAACCUGGUAGCACAAGAGCAAGCUAAAAUGAUUGAAAUGCAAAACAAAAGAUUUGAAGAGAUUAAGAAGUUUAUGAGGAUGACCAAGGAUCAGGCAGGCAUGCAGGUUGAUGAAAAUAAUUAUUCAUCAGAGGAAUCUUAUUGACAAAC